AAUCUUUAUUUCUCUGUCUAAAACCUCCGCAAACAGCUCUCACACUGUCCACAAUAAGCGACGUCGAAGUUAUUCAGCAGUGCGCCACAAGCCUUUCGGGGGUGUGACUACAGUCAUUGGGGUCUAUAUAUUGAGAUGCUUUGUCCGCCAGCUAGAUGUGAAUGAGGGAAGCUGACCAGUGGAAACUCGCCGCAGCGGGACUGUGUGCCACCUCUCUGCAACUCACUUUCUCCCGCUUUCUGUCGCAUCAGCCAUGGAUUCCUAUUUUCUAGCACUUCGCAUGAUUUUUCUUGUGGCAUCGCUCACCCGCAGGUCAGGUGCGAGCGGGCCGGUCAUUAGGUGUGAGCCGUGCGACGUCAGAGCGCGCCUUUUGUGCAAGCCUUUACCCAAGGAAUGCGCCGAGAGAGUCCGCGAACCUGGCUGCGGCUGCUGCAUGACUUGCGCCCUUAGCUUCGGCCAGCCGUGCGGAGUGUACACCGGGAGAUGCAGCUCCGGACUGACCUGCCAGCAUCAGCCAGGUGAAACGAAACCUCUGCAGGCUCUGCUUGAGGGUCGAGGUGUUUGCGUAAACGCGACGAACAGACGGCCGCCGGUCAGACCCACAUCCACAUAUCCGGUCAAUGAAGUGCCAGACAACACAGAGGCCAAAGAUAAGGAGGAGAAACCAUCCAGUCCAGAUCUUGAAACUUCAUGUGACCCUGCACCUCCCAGGCCUUCGCUUCACCCCAUCCUGUCCUCCGCAAAGUCAAAUGCCAUCCGAUGGGACCAACAGAARGCAACCCAGAUCUUUAAGAUGGAGGAUCUCUCAGGACCAGUCAUCACAGACCAACUAAACAUCUCUCUAGAAACCAAACAGGAGCCUGAGUAUGGUCCCUGCCGAAGAGAAAUAGAGCGCAUGCUCAGCACCCUGAAAAUUAUGGACAUCCUCAACCCCAGAGGCUUCCGCAUCCCAAACUGUGACAAGAAGGGCUUUUAUAAGAAAAAGCAGUGCCGUCCAUCCAAAGGCAGAAAGAGAGGCUUCUGUUGGAGUGUGGACAAAUAUGGGCAGCCUCUGCCAGGUCUUGAUGGGAAGGAGCGAGAAGUCCAGCGCUACAACUCCGAGAGCCAAUAGGAGGGAAGCAGGCUGRGGAGGGAGGGAGUUUUYGAGUGAACAAAAAGAACUGUAAACAAAUAGAGGCACUAAGGAUAUUGGAGGACAGGUCAGGAGAUGGCUUGGCUGAUAUAUGGAGGGUUGCUGUUUCUAUCUGUUGCCUGUGGGACCCUUUUUCACCGAGACAGAACAAAGGGAGCGGUGAAAGUGUAUCAGGAGGAAAGUCCUGGAAUUUAUGCUACAAACAGACGAUAAGCUCUUUUAUUUUUUACUCCCACCUGGACAGCUCCUGG